AUUCGGACCAGUCACCUCACUGAUCCCUGUGGUUUGAACAGCUGGAUCAUCACAGUACUGCAUAGUGUCUCACCAAAGCUCCUCCCUGGCGAUAUCCCCCUUCAGUUCAACUGUCUGGUGGAAAAUGUCAGACGUGAACUUAAAGCCAAACUGUGCUCAGGGGGUCGAAGAUGUAUUAAACAAGCCCGAGCUGAAGAUGACCAAAUAAAGCCCUCUGUCCGCAGAGUGUAUGUGAGAAGCCGCGUGUGUUUGUGUUUGUGUGAGAGUGUGCGUGUGGGGGGGUGUGGGUGUGCGUACGUGCGUGCGUGCGUGCGUGUAUGUUUGCAUGUUUGUGUGACAAACGCGCUUAUAUCGGAUAGUGCUCAAUCUGUCCGGCGUGUCUCUGUGUCGGAAAGUUCCGGCGUUUCGAGUGUUGAUGCGUGUGAGAGUCUGACUGAUCGCGUUGUUAUGGAGUGGUCGUUGGAGCGCAUGCGGGAAUGGGUGGCGGGUGGCAUGCAGUCGGUCCGCGAGUGCGAGUCCAGCGCCCUCGGUACCGCCCUCUGUCUGGUGUUGCUCUUCGUCUGGUACUGCUACCGCGUGGGUUGCGAACACAGCGUACCCACUCUGAGAGGGGGAUUCAGCGGGUCUGAAACCCGCGGCGUGGCCAGCGGUGUAGGGGCCGCGGCCGCCCUGCUGGCCGCCGACGGCUUGGGUCGAGGGGGCGGGGCUAAAGGCAGGCAGUUAGGCGGAGCCGCGGGCGAGGAGCUGAACGGCUUUGCCUACUGCCAGUCGCCCGAGUGCUUCCGCUGCGCCCGUCCUGGGGAGGGCCUCAACCAGCGCCUCUAUCACAGCCUCCAGGAGUACGCCAAACGCUACACCUGGGCGGGCAUGGGCCGGGUGCACAAGGGCGUCCGGGAGCAGGGUCGCUAUCUCCUCUGCAGCCGUCCGUCCAUCCAAAAACCCGAGGUCUUCUUCUUGCCCGACCUGCCUUCCGCGCCCUUCUUCUCCAGGGAGGCCCAGAAACACGACGUGGAGCUGCUGGAGAGGAGUUACCCGGCGUUGCUGGCCGAAUUCGAGAGCGUCUACCGGUUGCCCCCGGCCCGGUCCGGCUCUGGCCUGCCACCUGGCUGGAAGGCCAAUAGCACGCCGCGGGGUCAGUGGUGGACCUUCUACUUGGUGAAUCAGGGCACUCCGUUGGCACUGAACGCCAGGCGCUGCCCCAGAACCUGGCGCGUGCUUGGCCAGCUGAGGACCUUCGUUGCCAACAACGUGUUUGGCAACGCCUGCUUCUCAGUGCUCAGCCCCGGCGCCACCAUCUCCGAACACUACGGGCCCACGAACGUGCGACUGCGAUGCCAUCUGGGACUGAAGGUGCCAUCUGGUUGUGAGUUGGUGGUUGGAGGAGAGCCGCAGUGCUGGUCUGAGGGAAGCUGCCUUUUAUUCGACGACUCGUUUUUGCACACUGCUUUCCAUGAGGGCACUGCGGAAGAUGGCCCAAGGGUGGUCUUCAUGGUGGAUCUCUGGCAUCCAAAUGUGGCAGCAGCUGAGAGGCAGGCUCUGGACUAUAUCUUCACUCCUGGACGCUGAGACAGAGAGCGAGAGAAAGAGAAACAGACCGCGAAACAGGGAAGAGAGAUUA